CCGCCUCGUUUCGGCGUGUGCCUGUCUUUCCUCGGCGGGUCCUGGCAGCGGCAGAACAAGCGGGCAGGCGAGGAUGGAGGGCUUGUUGUUGUUCCUGGCGCUGCUGGGCUCGGCGCUGCUCCUGGGCCUGGCGGCGGUGAGCUUCUCCCUGGUGUGGACAUGCUACUACCGCGAGGGUUUGGGCUGGGACGGCGGCGCGCCCGAGUUCAACUGGCACCCCGUCCUCAUGGUCACGGGCUUCAUCUUCGUCCAGGGCCUCGCAAUUAUUGUGUACAGGUUACCAUGGACCUGGAAAUGCAACAAACUCCUGAUGAAAUUGAUCCAUGCUGGGUUAAAUUCUAUUGCUUUCACUCUGGCAGUUAUUUCUUUGGUGGCUGUUUUUGAUUUCCAUAAUGCUAAGAAGAUUCCUAACAUGUACAGCCUGCACAGCUGGAUUGGAUUGACUGCUGUCAUUCUUUACGGUCUGCAGAUUUUUGUAGGCAUUGCAGUCUUCCUGUUUCCUUUUGCUCCUGCUUCUCUUCGGGCAGCCAUUAUGCCAAUACAUGUUUAUUCAGGCCUUUUCCUCUUUGGAACAGUGAUUGCCACAGCGCUCAUGGGAAUUACAGAAAAGCUUAUUUUUUCUUUGAGAAUACCUGAGCCUCGGUACAGCGAUUUUCCAGAUGAAGCUCUUGUUGUCAACACCCUUGGGGUUAUCCUUGUGGUCUUUGGUGUGCUUGUGCUGUGGGUGGUAACAAGGGCACACUGGAAGCGCCCGGCAGAAAACACCUCUAAAUUACAGCAAAAUGUGGGGAGAUUGGAUUAUAAUGAAGAGGGAUUGGUUAUGGCUGAUGAAUCUGCUGUAGAGGCCAACGGUGAGGCCGUAGCUAGAAAACGAAAUCCCAUACUCGAUGAAGCUGGGCAGAGGUCAACCAUGUGAAGAUGAUGGUGGCUGUCAGAGAAGGACAUCUUUCAGUACAGAAAGGACUAUCUUUUGUUCACCCUCAGACAUUCAGCGUGCUAUAUAUUGCUUUCUUAAUGCUGUUUGGAAUUUCCAAAUUGAUUAUACUUGGUUCAGUUUUUUCAAUCCAGAAGAAUCCAUGCUUAUUGUUUGCGUGUUCUUAUUAUAUCCUUGGAUGAAAAGAAACAAAAUUGAAGUGCGACAUGUUAAUUUGACAGGGAGUUGUGUUUGCCUCUGACAAAACUUCACCCUGGUGGUUUUUGCCAGUGAAAUUUUAAAGCGCCUUGUGACUCCCUAAAAUAUUUCUAGAAAGAACAUACUAAAUGAUCAGUAAUGAGAAAUUUCAGAUACUGGAAGAAAGGAAAGCUAAUUUGAGGCAUAGAAGGAGAACAGGGAAAUUUUUGCAUAAAUUUCUCCAAAACCAUUUGUGUAGCAGUGUCGGUACUGCUGACAUCUCUUCAUAUAGUCUUGGUUUAUAUGGGGUUUUAGCCACAUGUUGCUUGGAGCCUCCCCAAGGCUCGCUCAUCUCCUUGCCCUCAAAACAUGAGGGGUCAAAAUAUUGUAUUGAAAAAUGACCAUCAGCAUUUCCCCCUCUCAGCUUCUGUGUAUUUUGCUACAUCUUGAGGCCUUUUUAUACCCUCUCACUUUCCAAAAGGUUCAAAAGUAGUUGUCCACCUCUGGGGUUCAGAAGAUGCCAUUAGCCAUUUUUUGUCAUCCAAAAAUUUAACAAAUACUUUCCAUUGUGGAGACAUGAGUGUGUUGUGUUUCUGCCAACAUUUUAAUUUCCUAAACAAUUUCAUAAAAUUGUUAUUGUAACUUCUAACUCUAAACAUACUGUACAUACAGAUGCCUAUUUUCUCUUAGGUGUCGACAUUUUUUUAAAUUUUGCAGAUCAGUUUCAUAUAAUUCUGUGCACUGGUACUAAGCUUUCAAUACUGCACUAUAUGUUCGCUAGCACUGAUGGCCAGUGCUGUUUUUGCGCAAACUGCAAUAUAGCUUUUGAGACUAAAUGUUCCCUCUGUUUCUGGGACUUCACUGGGGACAAAGCCGUGUUCUCCAGUAACUGCACUCUUAAACUAUUUUUUCAGGAAUGGUGUCACAUAGAAAUAUUAUGGAUGCAUGUUAAGGUAUUACACAUUCUCGUCUACAAUAGGAAAAUGUAAAGCGUAAGUAAAGUAUGACCAUCAGUGUCUAUCAAAGAAUGAAGCACUUGAUGCAAUCACAUUUCAUAUGUAGUUUGACUAGUAAUAUCCCAUUGCAUCAAAUUCUGGUUCUUCCCAAUGAAUUGGAAUUAUCAUACAUUUCAGUGAGUCACUUUUUUUCAGUAUCUUAAAAUUAAUAGUUCUCCCUCUUCUCAAAUUCCUUCCCUUAUCAAACAAUAUGAACCUAACUUCUUUUUUAAUUGAUUAGGAAAGAAGACUGUCCAGUUACUUGGUUUGUUUUUAGGCAGUUACCAAUGCUUUGUGAAUAAAAGGCAUUUUAUGUGUGAGUGUAAGCAUCUUGUAUGUAACCAGGGUGGUUCAGUGUUAUCACUAGAGCCUAGGAAACUUACUUUGGGAACGACAGUUAUCGGAAUCUCCCAGCCAAGCCUGACAUGGGUGGGAGAUUCUGAUAAUUUUUAACGUUUCCAACUUGCCUAUUAUGUUGAUCCUACGUGUAUGUACUUUCUUCUUCAGGCGGCAUUCUGGUUGCAUUUCUCUCCAGCAGUGCCAAAUUUAACAGAUUGAAAAAUAAGAUAUACAGUGCAACUCCUUUUUUCAUUGAUUUGAUAGCCGCAGUUUCACAUAUCCACACUCCAAAAAAUACCUCCCAAAGUGUUUUGAGGCCUGUCUAAAUCCUCCAGUGUGAUUCUGUUAUGAUGUCAGCCUAACUAUAAUCAAAAUGUAUAGUUCUCUAUUAUCUACAGAUUCAGGUAUCUGUAGAGUGUAUGUGUUUGUGGGUUGGAUUGUAUCCCCAGUGGGUUCAGGGGUUGUAAUGUACAGUAUUUUGAGUACAUCAACAGAUAUGAAUUCGCCUUCUAUAGUUUUAACGGUACUAGAAUAAAUGUUUAGGAGCCCCCAGUGGCGCAGUGGGUUAAACCGCUGUGCUGCUGAACUUGCUGAAUGAAAGGUUGGCAGUUUGAAUCUGGGAAGCAAAGUGAGCUCCCGCUGUUAGCCUCAGCUUCUCAUCAGUUUGAAAACAUGCAAAUGUGAGUAGAUCAAUAGGUACCACUAUGGCUGGAAGGUAAUGGCGCUCCAUGCAGUCAUGCCGGCCACAUGACCUUGGAGGUGUCUAUGGACAACGCUGGCUCUUUGACUUAGAAAUGGAGAUGAGCUCCAACCCCCAGACACUACUAGACAAUGUCAGUGGAAAACCUUUACCUUUACCUUAGAAUAAAUACAGAAGAAUAGCCACUUCUGGUUAUCUUGGGCUUGGUGAUCUUGGAUAUUCUCCUAUGCUUUGUUUAGGAAUUCUCAACACUAGAACAACAGCCUUUAUUGAUCUGGCUGUAUAGUUAAGUUGGAAAGUUGUUAGUUAGAGGAGUUAUUUAUUGUCACAAGAGCAACUUAACAGACCUGGCCCUCUAUAGAAAACACCUUCAAAACAAAUGGGAGGGAAUUCUUUUUAUUCCUAAAUGAAAUGUUACCAAAUCUAAAAAUUUAGAGGACAUUAUGUAGUUUUGUAAAAUAAGGGAAAACUAGUCCGAAGUGACACUGAAUCAUUGUGGUUUUGAUAAAUCUGGAGUUUCAAAAUAGCUUCAGUUUUAACAGCAUCAUGUAAACUGCAAAAGUUACAAUUUUCAGGAAAGACUGGCUGUUCUUAGUUCUGUGUGUAAUUUGGCACGAGGCAUAGAAGAGAAAUGUAGGGAGGAAUGUCAAAUGUUGUAAGUGUAAUCGCCAGGGUCUACUGCUACACACAGGCAAAUGUGAUUUGUAAAAAAAAAAAAAAGUAACUGCAAAUUGGGGGCCAAACCUGCCAUUCAUGUGUCUUUUCCACUAUUUCACCUACUUUGUCUAUUUCAAAAUGGUUUGAACCUGUUCUUUAAAAAAACUUUUAUAUCCGUUUCAAAACACUUCUAUUCUCGUGAAUGCCAAUGGAAAUCAGCACUUAGUUCCUGAAUGGAUUUAGAUGAUCAAACAUUAAAUUGGAUGCAUUAAUGUCAUUAUCCUGUGGGAAGCCCCACUGUGCUAGAAGUCUCGUUUCCAAGUCUGCUUAAUUUGUGGGCAGAAACAAAACUUCCCUCAAUGAGAGGAAAAUGUGAUAGGUAGAAUUAUGACCUGUUUCUCCAAAUGGUGAUAUUGUGAGACAAUCUUGGUUUAAACACCAUUGCUCUGUCCUACAAAAUUGCAAACGCCAUAGAGACUUCUAGCAUAAAUUUCUAAGAAUUUCACCAAACUUCAAAUCCCAGGAUUUCAUAGAAAAGAAGGUUCUCUACAGCACUUUGAUGCCACCUUCUGUCCUAUGAAAUCCCAGGAUUUGCAGUUUGGUGAAUUCUUGGAAAUUUCUGCUAGCAAACCUCCAGCCAGCAAAAGAACUGGCAGAGUGUACAUUUUGUGAACCAAAGUUCCUUAUCCUUCUGGCAUAUUCUUCAUUGUCAGUUUACAUGAUGCCAAGUUGUAUUAGAUCGUGAUGCAUGUUAAAGAAGUUGCAAAAUAUGCUGGCAUUUUUUGACAUGUGUAAGAGUGCUGAAAAUGCUCUGUUAUGAUUUUUUUAAUGCCAAUGUCAUAUUAUUAUAUGAUUAUACCAGAGCAGCAUACAGGCUUCUCAUUAAAGUUGAAGCAUAUUGUAUUGUAAAUAAGAACAAACAAACUAUGUAUGACUCUAUUAUACGCUGACUCUUUAUAAUGGGAAACUUAUCAGAAACUAUCAGAUAUUUUAUUUACCAAACGUUCUUUGUAUUUUAAAUCUGAAUAUUUUAAUAUUUGCCAUUUGUAGUGCUUAUUUUGCAGACCAAAGAAAUUUCACUACUGUUUUUAUAAUGCAAUAAAGGUUAUUGAAGCAUACACUGCUAUAUAGAAUUCUGCUAUUGACACUGUAUACAAAGUCGUGCCAAUUGACAUAACAAACAAGUCACAUUUUAACGCUUACAGGAUAGCUUACUAUAGAGACUCAGUGUCUAUAUUGUAGGAUUAAUGCAAUUUAACACCACUUUCCUACCAUGGCUCAAUGUGAUGGAAUUGCAGGAGUUAUAAUAUUUAGCCACCUGUGCCAAAGAGUGCAGGUGUCUCAAACUACAGAUUCCAUAGCAUUGAGCCAUGUCAGCUAAAAUGGUAUGAAGCUGCACUAACUCUAUAACUAGAGUUGUUAUUGUUUUAUAAAUGUUUAUGUAUUUUGCUGUGCCUUGUGUAUUCUGCAGCACUAUUAUGUGCUUUUGUAAGCAGCUCUGAGUCCCCUUUGGGAGAUGGUGGCGGCGGGAUAUAAAUAAAGUGGUUGCCGUUGUU